AUGCAACAACCUGAGAACGAUGAUUAUAAAGAUCUACUACCAGAUCCUUCACUUGUACGUGUAGAGGAGAACAUAGUGGUUGGUACUAGGCAAUUGAGCGACAAUGAUAGAAUAGCACCAAAUGACAGUAAAGUCUCUUAUCGGAAGUACUCCAAACAACAUUGGGUACGAUGGCUGUGGAUGGAAAGAUGUAUAUUAGGAUUCCUUGGCGAAGAAGACAACAAGUACCACCUUGACUUCUUUAAUAAUUGCUUGGUACCAAAGAUGGAGAGUUUAAAUGAUAGGAAUAUAACAUUGGCAUACUUGGUAUACAGUCUGUCAGCUGCUGAAUUGAUUGGUUACACGGUCACUUGGAGGAGCAAGAUAAGGACAUCACGAUACACCAAGGAGUCAUUGUUAAAGUCAAACUUCAAUGACUUUAUCGAUCAAUUGUCAAAGUAUCCAUCUGGCAAGCGAGUCAUGAUGGUCAAGUGCAUUCUAACAGAUGGCAACAACAACAACAACAACAACGACAACGACAACAAUGACAUCAACAACAACAACAAAUGGGAUGGCACCAGUAUCGAAUUGGUAGACUUCCAUUCAAUAUAUCCAUCGAUCAUUGAACAACUGAAAUACACUCCACUUAAGACUGAUAGAGUGAAUGAUCUUGGGCUGGCACAGAGCAGUCCACUACUUCGAUACAUUGAGCGAUCCUUCAAACGAACAUUCCUAUUUAACAAUGGAUACAUGUUCAAACCUUCCGAGGACGACAAAGAGUUUGUCGUCAAUCGUUGCAAGGAGUUGGAUGGAGAAUUUAUAUACCUAAGAGCGUCGAGGAAGGCCAAUGUAUGGACAAUGGUUGUGGUCAAGGACCUUACUAUUGUGACCAAGUAUAGAGAUGAUGAGGCUGGUGCUCAUCUCACCCGAGACCUACUGUCGGCAAGCAAACUGGCUCAGCCUGUCAAGAUACUAAGAUAUCAUGAUGGAAAACUCAAACUGGUAGACCUUCCAUCGGAGAUAUAUCCAAUAUGA